CCAUUAGUCACUCGCCGCAGGCCUAAAACCCUAAUUACUCACAGUAGAGAGAAAAGCAAAGGGAAGAGGAGUAAGCCAAGAAGAGAAUCCAACAAUGGCGGAGCAACAGGAAAUCACAGGUUCCGUGUCGAUUCAGGUGAAUCCGGACGUGACGGAGGACAUGGAACUCGAAUCCGUACCGAAAGCCGAGGCGGGAGACGAGACGGCGGGGAAGCGGGAGAGAGAGCAUGAAGGAGAGGAGGGAAACGGCGAAGUUUCAAAGAAGCAGAAAGUGGAAGGGGAAGAGAAGUCUGUGGAGGAGGAGAGACUGGAGAAGGAUGAUAAGACGAACGGGUCGGGUGGGGCCAAGCUGGGUCCGAAGGAGUUCGUCUCUUCAGUUGAGAUGUUUGAUUACUUCGUCAAGUUCCUACACUUUUGGCCUACUGAUCUCGAUGUCAACAAGUACGAGCAUACGGUGCUGCUAGAUUUGGUAAAGAAAGGUCAUCCAGAGCCCGAGAGAAAGAUCGGGGGAGGGAUCAAAGCUUUCCAAAUCCGAAACCACCCGAUGUGGAAGAGCAGAUGCUUCUUCCUGGUAAGGGAGGACGACACUACAGACGACUUCAGCUUCAGGAAGUGUGUGGAUCAUAUCCUCCCAUUGCCCGAGAACAUGAAGGCUCCAAAGCCUGGCAAUGGCGGAGGAGGAGGAAGAGGGGGAAGAGGGGGCGGUCGUGGUGGCGGAAGAGGCGGCAGAUUCAGAAAAUGAGGUCAGGAAAUUUGGAAGCUUUGAGCACUAUGAAAGCAAGAUAACUCAAAAGCUGCGGUCUUUGUUAUAUGGUACUAAUCAUAUAAUUACUGCUUAUAUUUCUUGGAUUUUGAUCUGUUUAUGUGAUGCAACCCUAUUACUCGGACAUCGGUGUUUCAAAUGAACUCCUUGGUGAGCUCCUUACCCUAAAAAAAGAUUUGGUUCUCUGAUCA